AAUGAGAGAGAUUCAUCACUGGUAAAGUGAAAAGAAGGUUCCUCUCAGAGCAGCCUCACACACAGACACGCAUGCUCAGACGCGCGCGCACAAACACACACACAAACACACACAGACACAUUGCAGCCAAAGUGAAAGCAGAAGCGGUGCAGAGCGAGACGGGAUCGGAGACGCCACACUCGGCAUGGCUCACGGCUCCGACAGCAAUGACACAAGUUACAACAGGUCUCCUUCACCGGCCAGCCAACCGGGUUCCUCAGAUGAUGCAAAAAGGGUGAUGAGACGGGAGAAGAACCGAAUCGCGGCCCAGAAGAGCAGAAUGAGGCAGACCCAGAAGGCCGACACGCUACACCUGGAGAGCGAGGAGCUGGAGAAGGUGAACGCUGCGCUCAGGAAGGAGGUGAAGCAGCUCACCGAGGAGAAGAAGCACCUGUCCUCGAUCCUGAGCAGCCACGAACCCCAGUGUACGGGGGGUCACACCGGGGGCCACGCGGCCCACAGCCCGGAGCCCAUCUUCCCGGCGACGGCAGCGGGGCAGCAUGGCGGCGCCACUAGCUACCCCCACCACCCCCACCCCCAUCCGCACCACCCUCAGCCCCACAGCGUACCGCACCACCUUCUCCAUCAACACCAGCAGCACGUGGCGGCCGGCCCACACUACCAGCACUGACCAGCGGGAGGAGUCUCUGAAUGUCGUCUCUCCGCCCAGCCGGAACCUGUGGAAGUCGUGAGGGUCGCGAAACACAAUAUCGCGACCCCCUCGUAACAUUUGGGAUGGGCGGAGGGGCUGGGCCGGAGUGGAGGUGGGGGGCCCCUUUUUGUGAGAGUUGGAGCGUGAUUGGCUGAUACUAUACAGUGAUCAGAAUAUAAGUCAUAUUGGAGGUAUUGAAUAAUGAUGAUUAUUCUUGCACUGUUUUUUUACUUUGUUUGUGUUUUAUUGGGUGUUUGCGAAGGGGGGAGUUGGCGCGACAUUUGGCACUAUUCACAAGUAUUUAUUGGAUUCAGGCCAUCUAUGAUCAAUAACCUAUAGAGCAUGUCGAAUCUACAGCGGGGAAUUGCACUGCAAACCGACACGGAAGGAAAGCAAAGUUUUGUGUUUUUAACGUUUUUGUUUUGUGAAUGUACUAAUUGAUUAUGAUUGAGUGAUUACUGAUAAUUAUUGAUUGAUUAUGAUUAUUGCUCAGGGAAGCCUCACACGUGCAGGAUAUUUGAUUGUAGACAUAUGGAAUGUAUUUCUCAAAAGCAAUUUCGCUUUCGUGAACCAAAGCAGUUAAAAAACAACACGGUUACAUUGUGUAAAAUAUUCUGUAAAAGUGAUACAUGCUAAUUUGUAAAAAUGAGAGGCACAGCUAUUUAUUAAAUGUGGUGUCUUUAGA